UGAUAGCAUAAACAAAGAAACAGCUUACACCAAAUCGCAGGACUAAAGAUACAGUAAACCCUUGAAAAACACCCAUUUCCUGAUUGGAGACACUUCACAUAUGCACCUCACUGAAAAACCAACCGAAGAAUUUUAAGGAAGGAAGGAUAUGGAAAAGAAAAAGUUGACCAAAAAGGAGGAGGAGAAUAGAACACAAGAUAGUAGAGAAGAAAUCAAGGAUGAUGCUUUCAGAGAGCUGUUGUUAGCUAUUUCAGAAUGGUAUGGUCAACGUCAAGAAAUAAAUAUGCUCAAAGUAUUGUACAGAGAUCUUUUGAAAUAUAAUAAUAGGUUGAAUAGGGCUACAAAUGUGAUGGAAAUAAUGAAUAUGUUAACUGCUUCUGGACAUCUUCACUCAGCUAAUCUCAAUGUUCUCUAUGAUACCAUAAACAUAACAGAGCAAAGAGGGAUCAAAGAUAAACUACCAGUAUUUCAAAAUGUUGAAGAUGUAAAAAUCUCAAAAUUCACACAUUACAGACGAAAAGUUAUGAAGCUUGGAAUGGUACUGAUUGAUGAAGAUGUCAAAAAAAUCAGUGCAUUAUAUAACGAUCCAGUGAAGGAAUAUGCAGACACAUGGAGUUUGAUUAUGGAUCUGGAGCACAACAGGGUAAUUUGUGAAGGAAAAAUGGAAGCCUUCAUUGAAAAACUGAAUUCCCUUAAACUCCAACAUGCUGUGGAAGCUUUAACAGAAGAAAUCCCAAAUGCAUCUUCGAACUCUGGACAUAGCCUUAGUGAAGAAAUUCCUGUGAAAUUAAUUCAGAAACGCAAAGGAGAAUCCUGUGAUUCUGAAGGACGACCAUAUAAAAAGUAUGCUCUUAAAUUGUUAAAAGAACUUGUUGAAAAUAAAGACUCCCUAAUUUUAAAGGAUGUACCAGAAUUUUCUGACAUGUUUGAGAACCUGAGAAUCUAUUACAAAAGUUGUGGUCUAAUAUUAACAAAGGUUGGGGAAGGAUCAAUAGUAUUUUACCUAUCAACAAAUGAUCCUAAUGCUUUGAUGCAGCUAUGGGAAAUACAUUCUAGUGGAAAGCUCAUCAAAGAUUUAGCUAACAUAUUAGUCCCAGUGGAACAUCAGCAAGAGUUCAUAGAUGAAUGGAUGACAUACAUCGAUGAAAAUGAAUACAAAGCGGUGCUCAGUAAGCUGACAGGAAAAGGAUUUUAUUCUCAGAUGGCUACCAGCAAGUUGAAUCAGUUUCUGGAAAAUGUUGAUGAAAAGGUGUUAGAGUGUACCAUCUGCUUUAACAGACUUAAGAAUCCGAAAUCCCUCACCUGCCUACAUAGCUUUUGUUUGGCAUGUCUAGAAGACUGGGUUAAGGUGAAUGGUGAACUGACUUGUCCAACAUGCUCAAAAUCAUAUCCAAUUCCAAAGGGCGGGCUUCAGAAGCUUCCACCAAAUACCUUUCUAAAUAAUUUAUUAGAAACUAUGGAACAAAUUUCAGAAAAAGAUCAGAUGAAAUGUGUUUGUGGAAAGGAAGGAAAGGUAAAAUACUACUGCCAGGAUUGCAAACAGUACUUGUGCUCUACUUGUUGUGAUCAUCAUACAACUUAUAGACUCUUUGCAAAUCACAAGAUGCAUUUAAUUGAGGAAGUGCAAUCAAUGAGCCCCACUCAGAUAACUUUGUUACAUCCACCUCUGUGUUCACAUCACAGUAAACCUUUUUUCUGUUUGGCAUGUCUGGAAGACUGGGUUAAGAUUAAGGGCAAGUUGACUUGCCCAGUUUGCUCAAAAUCAUAUCCCAUUCCAGAGGGAGGGCCUCAAAAGCUUCAGCCAAAUACCUUUCUAAAUAACUUAUUGGAAACUAUCAAACAGUUUUCAGAGAGUGAUAAGUUGAAAUGUAGUGUUUGUAAAAAGGAAGGACAGGUAAAAUACUACUGCCAGGAUUGCAGACAGUACUUGUGCUCUACUUGUAGUGAUCAACAUAAGAAGUUUCAAGUUAUGGUAAAUCACAAGUUACAUUUAAUGGAGGAUGUGCAAUCAAUGAGUCCCUCUGAGAUGACUUUGUUACAUCCGCCUCAGUGUUCACAUCACAGUAAACCUUUAGAGUUCUAUUGCACAGAUUGUAAAACUCCAAUCUGUGUGAAUUGUACAAUUGUGGCCCCCAAUGAAUUGGAAGGAAAACACAAACCGAUCAGCAUUUCAGAUGCAUUCCAAACAUUUAAAGAAACUUCAGUCGCCUUGGAAAAAUCUUCACAACACUUCAUAAACAAAUUAGAAGAUGGUCUCAAAGCUGUUAUCCACAAUGCUACAAAAUUAAAACAAAAUAAAGACACAUGUUUAAGAGAUAUUGACAAUCAUGCAGAAGAAAUAUUCAAAAAAGUAAAGGAGAAUAGAGACAAAAUGAAAAAUGAAGUAGAGACAAUCUACAAAAGACAGAAUAAAGUAAAUGAUGUACAAAUGGAUGAACUAAAAACAAUAAUAUCUGACGUAAAUACUAAACGGUCUUUUCUUAAUCAAUUAUUGAAGAGUGAUAAAAGCAUCGCAAUGCAGGCAAGUGAAAGAGUAAUUACAUCACUGAAGGAAGAUGACAAUGGAGAUUACUUUGUGACAGGAAAAUGCACAAGUCAAGGAGUUUGUAAACUGGAUGUGAGUGCUAAUGGUGAACCAAUUAAACAAUCACCAAUGAUAAUGAAAGUAGAAAAGGGAAGAUUAUUAAACACUAUUCAAAUAAAAAAAGCAAGUGUUAGAGAUGUACUUACGUAUGAGGAUGACUGCUUAUUGGUUUCAAGUCUGACAAAUGAAAUUCUCAAAAUAUGCAAUAUGAAUGGUCAGGUGAUAAAAACAAUUGGUGAAGGAGUACUGAGUGCAUCAUGUGGUAUUCAUGUGGAUGAGACAUCUAAUGUUUUGUAUGUAGCAGGAGGUUGGUUCAGCUGUGUGUACAUGCUUGACAUGAAUAGUGGCAAGACCAUCAAAAAGAUAGGGUCAAAGGGUACAAACAAAGGGCAAAUGAGUGAUGUCAUUGAUGUUACUCUUACAAACCAAGGACACCUUCUUGUAUUGGAGUUUGGCAACAAUAGAUUACAAUUAUUUGACAAUGAGGGAAGGUUCAUGAAAGUCCUUGUUGAAGCAGGUGAUGAGAAUGGUAAAGUGAGGAAUCCAUGUGGAGUAGUAGUUGAUGAGGAUGACAACAUAAUUGUAUCAAGUAAAAACAAACUACAGCUAUUCAGUAGUGAUGGAAAUUUUAUUGAAAGAAUUGAUAAACCAGAAGAUGGAAUCAACAAUCCAAAGGGAUUAUCCAUCAUUUCUUAUCAUCCGAGGAGACUUGCAGUAGCAAAUAACGGUGACAAAACAGCCUUGGAAAAUUCAAUUAAAGGAUGGUGCUACCCCUGUUGUACAUCUGCCGAGGAGGGUUCCCCUAAGUGUAAAGAAAAACUUAUGGCAAAGCUCGGUGAUAUGGAGCAACAAGGUUAA